AUAAAUAAAACCGUUGGAGCAGAAAGACAAUGGCGGCUUUUGGUUAUAUCUGUUGUUUUUCCCUCUCUCAUCCAAAUUCGAAGCGCCCGCAGGUUGGUACUGUUUCAUAGAACAUGACGACACAGGACAUAACUUAUCACGACCACUAUUAAUGUUCAUGUCCCUACUCUACAUAGCCCAUAAUUCUCUCUUCCGCAUUCCAAUUCAAAAAAUCAUCGAGCCCAUCUCCAAAAUCCAAUUCAAACUUCCCAAUCUUUUCUGUUCUCCAAAUUCAGAAACAUUUCUCUUUCCCAGGGAGAGACUUCCCGACUCUCAUUUCAUCUUCCAUGGAGCUUAUUCCCGGAUUACCGGAAGACUUAGCCUGCGAGUGCCUGUCCCGAGUCCCUUACCAGCAAUUCCCGGCUGUCGGAGCGGUCUGUAAAGAAUGGAAGGCGGAGAUCGAGUCGCCCGGCUUUCUCUCGCAGAGGAAAUCCACAGGCCAGUGCCAGGUGCUCGUCGUUCUCGUCCAGGCUCGGCCCAACCCGAUCGGUAGAUAUUGUUCUUCCGGUCUGAAAAACAUGCAUCCACCAAUCUUUCUUCCCACAGUUUUCGAGCCGCUCUCUGGCCAGUGGGUCGAUCUCCCACCUCCUCCGGGAUGCUGUGACGGCCUGCCGAGGUUCUGCAGGUUAGCUGCUGUCAGGACGGAACUGGUAGUGGUGGGCGGGUUGGACCCGGUCACAUGGGAUGCGACAAAUUCCGUUUAUGUCUACAGUUUCUUGACAUCCGAGUGGCGGCGGGGGGCUGACAUGCCAGGCGGGGACCGGUUUUUCUUUGGCUGUGCGUCCGAGGGUGAUCGGUUCGUAUUUGUGGCUGGUGGGCAUGACAAACAGAAGAAUUCGCUGAGAUCCGCCAUGGCCUAUGACGUUCAUAUGGACCGGUGGGUCCAGAUGCCCGAUAUGGCACGGGAGCGCGAUGAGUGCAGGGGGGCCUUCCGGGGCGGGAAGUUCCUUGUCAUCAGCGGGUAUGGCACUGAGGCACAGGGUAAGUUCGAUAGGAGCGUGGAGGCAUUCGAUGCUGCGAUGUGGAGUUGGGACCCAGUCGAGGAGAACGUGCUGGAGGCAGACACGGCUCCGAGGGCCUGUGUGGACGGGCAGGGAGACGAUGCCCUGUACACGUGCCGGAACAGGAGUCGAGACAUCGCGGCGCUCAGGGGUUCGACGUGGACGCCCGUGGCAGGGUUGCCGUCUGACGUGGCGAGUCAGAAUCACGUCAUGAGGUGGCGCUGGAAGCUGUUGGUGUUUGGCUAUGGGAGUGGAUGCAAGCCAGAUGUGGUCUCCAUAUUGGAUCUGUGCGAUAAUAAUACAUGGACUGAGUUAGAGAUUCCAGAAGAAUUUAGAGGUACUGUGGACGAAGGUUGUGUUCUCGAAAUUUAGAUUAAAGAAACCCGUUUUGCCUACGUAAUGUAAACGUAGAUAACAAUAAAUUAUGAGAUUUUGUUUAUUUAUUUCAUUUUUUUUGGUGAAUUCACGUUAAUAUUCUCAACCUAUUACUUAAAAUCACAUCGAC